UCAGCUGUUACCAAUGGACACGCGGCUGAUAAGAUUUGUGGAUUUGCGCCUACAGCAGCGAGAAUGUACAAAUUGAAAUACGACUGUGAAAUGGAAAAGAUUGCUGCUGCUCACGCGAGCAGAUGCCAGUUCAAACACUCAGAUCGUAGCGCGAGACAAUAUUCUGGUGAGAACAUUUUCAUGGCAAGCCCACCCGGUGACAAGGCCGCUUACGCCUGGGCUGGAGAACUGAACCAGUAUGGUGUUGGAAAGGAAAACAUUUUCACAAUAGAUAUAGCAAACCGACCCGGACAGGUUAUCGGACAUUACACACAGGAGUUUUGUUUAAACGCCGUGCAGUCUUACAACGCACCACCACCACCCCCCUCCCACUCCUGA